AACAAAUCAACUAUUAAGUAAAAAAAAUAUGAAAGUGCAUAAUUUUUAAUAUUGAGUAACAAUAUAACAAAAAUGUUAAAAUUUAUAGUUAAAACGUAACGAAAAAAUGUGUCGUUUAUUACAUUAAUGAAGCAAUCAUGACAGCAGUGAAAGUUCAUGGUGGAAUUGAUAUCUUAAGACUUCCUGUAAAUCAAGAAGAACAUGUAUUUCCACCAUGGCAUAUUAAAUAUACACAAUCGCAUAUACUCCAUUCUAAAUGUUCCAAAAAUGAAAGUGGUUGUGGUGAUAAAGAUGCUGAUGCCUGUCAAUUUUGCAUUUUUAGCCAUACUUUAGAACUACCACACAUGCCAGAUAUGGUAUUUCCAAACAAUAUAUUGACUUUAAAACAUCAGGAUGGUGCAUUCAUACAAUUCAAUGCAUUAGAUGCAUUAAAAACUGUAUCAAAUGGAAAAAUUAAUGUUCAAUUAGCAUGUGCAGAAGCUUGGAAAGAAUCCAGAUCUGAUGUUAGUGAAUAUUUAGAAGAAAAAGUGAAACCAUUUGAUUGGACAUUUACAACCACUUACACUGGUACAAUAUCUAAUUUUGAAAUUCAAGAAACUAAUGAACGAAUUGAUGUAGAUAAAUUAAAAAGAAGGGAUAAGAUCUUAUUCUAUCAUGAUUUAACAUUAUUUGAAGAUGAACUUCAUGAUAAUGGUAUUGCAGUUUGUUCUGUAAAAAUUCGAGUUAUGCCAAAUAGUUUUUUCAUUUUAUUGAGAUAUUUUCUGAGAAUUGAUGGUGUAAUGUUAAGGAUAAAUGAUACGCGGCUUUAUCAUGAAUUUGGUCAAGAUUAUUUGUUGCGAGAAUAUACAUCAAGAGAAGCAAAAAUUGAAGAAAUACGUGCUCCACCAUCACUUUUUAUAGAACCAAGCGAAAUAGCUCCAUAUUUGCCUUUAAUUGGAUAUCAUUAUCAUAAAUUAAUAAUUGUUUCACAUAAACCAGAACUAGUCAUAAAUAAUAAAUUGAUUAAUGAUACAGUAGCUGAUAAUACUACAGCUACAACUAACAUAAAUGAUAUAAAUAAUUCUGUUACUUAAAAUUUGCACUUAUAUGUAAAUAUAUUACAAUUUGAAAUAA